AUGAGUGGUAGAAGAUUUGGUGGUGGCGGCGGCGGUUAUGGGGGAGGGGCAUUUGGUCUAGGGAUUGACUAUAAUGAGCUCAAGGAAGUGAAGCUAGAUAUUGAUUCUCAGCGUACCAUGAUUUUGCCGGUAAAUGGACCCCUCAAUGAAGGAGAAAAGGCGGUGGCUACACAGUUCAUUCAUUUCCAAGAACUCGUGAAGGACGGGCCUUUCUUUACAGGGUCCUCUUUAGGGAAUACCAAGAACCAAGUUGAAGACGUGGGGAUCAACGAUGGGGUGAAGCGUUAUUCUGAUAGAUAUGCAAAAAAGAGAAAAGUGAGAUCAGCCAGUGAUUAUCCAUUCAGACCAGAAUUCUUUCCUACAGAACUACAUGAUGUAAUUAAGGUUAGAAAGGGAAGAAACGGAUUGAAGUUGAAUAGCUACCAGGCAAACUCAGGCAAAUUCUAUUUGGAUAAUAUCAAUAAUGAAGAAGGUAAUGAUGGUGACGCUGCCAGUAAAAUGUUGGAAAGACUUAAAAAUAUUGCAGAAGUGGAAGAUGAGAAGGAUAGACCAGAAGAGAGUGAUAGAGACUUCGAUGAUGAGGAAGAUGACUUUGACGACGAGGACGAUGAUGAUUAUAAUGCGGAGAAGUAUUUCGAUGAUGGUGAAGAGUUCGGUGAUGAGGGUGAUGGUGAUGACGAAGCAGCAUUCUGA